CGAGACCUAGUUCCGCCGAUCGCGUUGCCCCACCUUCACGAUAUUCUCUGAUAGUCGAGCGAUCGCGGCGCGCCAACUUGGAUUCUAACUAGAAAUUGUUGUGCUGGUGCGGUGUUAACAGGUGUUAAAAGAAAACCUUGAGAAAAUCCACAUUCUGUCUAAUGAUGACAGAAACGGUAGUGAACGUGCAAGAAGCACCCAACAACAAUGCCGCCAACAAACCCCAAACUAGUGAACAGCCCCUAUCUUGGAUUAAAAUCAAUUUGGAUUACUUCAAAACCACCCCCGGAAUCAUUAAACUCGUCGAACUAAUAUUGGGCAUCCUCUGCAUGGCCCUCGCCUCCCCCGCCCUCCUCUCCGGCACCCACUUUUUCCUCUUCGUAGCCACGACGACCUUCAUAGGCACGUUGAUUUGGGUGAUCGUGUACCUUUUGGGCAUUCGGGAGGCACUGACCUUGCCCAUUCACUGGAUUCUCACAGAGCUGCUCAACACAGGCAUCUGCACGGUGGCUUACGUCAUCGCCUUCAUCGUGCAGCUGGCGAUAUGGCCCGGAGGGCCCAACUACCACAAAGGCGCUAAUAUAGCGGCUGGGGUGUUCGGGAUUUUCAACGCCAUAGCGUACGGUUUCGGGAGCUACCUCCUCUACAUCGAAUACAAAGGGGGCAACAGGCCAAAUUAACGUUCGAUUGACUGACUGAAAGUCGUAGUCUAGGCUCAUGUUAACGAGAGGAAAUUUUUACAAGUUUUUUCCUGAAGUUGUUACAGUCAACAUCAUUUUAGUCAUGAUCAUCGUCCUCAUCACCUGUUUUAUAUUAUCUUCACUUUUGUAUACCAAGUAAUUUAUUGUAUGCUAGGGUUUAAACUGUUUUUUCUCUAGUGGCCUCACUGCAAAUUGUCACUGUUUUUAAUAGUCACACGUUGGAUUUUUGCAAAUUUACGAGACACCGGCAAUUACGUUGUUGUACGUAACGCGUAUCGUAUAUUUAAGUUUUCAGAUUUUAUCAUAAUAAUGUACCUAAUAUCGUGUAAAUUUUAGUUUAAAAUAAAUAAUUGUUUUUAUAA